GGACCCGCACGGCUCGGCUCGGCUCGGUUCGGCGCUGCCGCUCCUCCGCUCCUCCGCCUCAGGGGAGAGACCUGCUGCUGCUGGACUGCACAGCUUCGCUUGGCGCUCGCUGCAGAACACCCACCCCCAGAUUUGCUGUUUCGCUGUACAGGUUCAACAGUGUGACCACUCUCUUGAUUCAUAUACUCACAGCAAAGCCUCCAUCUGUCUCAUGGAUUAUAGAUCUAAAUUGAUGGCUUCAGUAACAGAUGCCAGAUACAGGCAGAAGGAUACCUCAGAUCAAAAUUUUGAUUACAUGUUCAAACUCCUGAUCAUUGGCAACAGCAGCGUGGGCAAAACAUCCUUCCUCUUCAGAUAUGCUGAUGAUACUUUCACACCAGCCUUCGUUAGCACAGUAGGAAUUGACUUCAAAGUGAAAACAGUGUAUAGGAAUGACAAGCGGGUGAAACUACAGAUUUGGGAUACAGCUGGACAAGAAAGAUACAGGACUAUCACUACAGCCUACUAUCGAGGAGCCAUGGGCUUCAUCCUCAUGUAUGAUAUCACCAGUGAAGACUCCUUCAAUGCAGUGCAGGACUGGGCCACACAAAUCAAGACUUACUCCUGGGACAAUGCACAAGUGAUCCUGGUUGGAAAUAAAUGUGACAUGGAGGAUGAAAGAAUUAUUCCUGUGGAGAAGGGGAAACAUCUAGCAGAUCAGCUAGGUUUUGACUACUUUGAAGCUAGUGCCAAAGAAAACAUCAAUGUAAGGCAGGUGUUUGAGCGUCUUGUGGAUAUAAUCUGUGAAAAAAUGUCGGAGAGUAUAGAAUCAGACCCUUCCAGGGGCACUUCUGGAAGGAGCAUGCGACUCACAGACAACCCACCCCCUUCGCAGCAGAACUGCUCGUGCUAGUGACCUUUCUCACUGAGAAAUGUCCUUCUCCUUUCCUCACUAAAUUUUAUCUUUUCAUCUGUGGUGGUGUGUUAUUAUGUAGUCCAAAGGCAGAAGUCUCUGUUGUAGGAAACUGGUAUGUUUGUUUAAUGUGCUGGAAUGUUAGUAUUAUAUAUUUCUUCAUCCAAUAAUUUAAAAAACAAAAAUCUGAAUAAAUAUUGUAAGUGCACCUAGUGUUAAUGUGAGUUACACUGAAGAAAAAGAAUUGUAUAGCCUUGCAAGUGUUAUUUCCACAGAGAAUGUUGCAUUAUUAAUUAUAAAUUCUUCUCCUGCAGAAAGAGGUUUUUUGUCAAGAACAGCAGGAAACACAAACCAAUUAGAAGGGACCGGCUCUAAAAGAAAAUGGGGAAAAAACUCCCUUAUAAAGCAAGAAUAUGGUUUUUUUUAACAUUUAAAAAAAUGAGUCCCCAGAUAUUUUGAGAGUCAUUGUUGCUGUCCUCUAGACAUGGACCUCAGUUUUCUCCAGUGACCAGUAACGGCUUGCAGAGUGCUGGGGUGUCGUGGUGUUCAGCACCUGGCUGUCCCUGAUCCUUUGUUUCGAGAUGCCCAGGAGGUGCCCGUCCUGCAGCUGUUCCCACGUGUCCUGUAGUUUUACCCUCUCCAGGUUUGGAUCUACUCUGAUCAGCUGCUUGAUGGUGGAUUUGUUGCAGGACAAAGGAAAGGAGGAAGUGGCUGCUGCAUGUGCAGUUGGAGGCAAAAUCUGACAUGUAAUAUUUGGAACUCAGAAAGAUAAAAAUAUCAGGAGCCAAAAUGUGAAUGUUGGCAAGUAUCAGUGCCAAUAUUAGAUUUUCUUUCUGCAUUUUGUUGUUGAUUUUUUUUUUAAAUUUUGUGCUAGAUGGGUGCGUGUGUGGGGGAUAGUUUUUUCUGGUUUCAGAUUCAACCACAAAGUAUAAUUUAAAAAAAGGAAGAUUGAUUAAUAAAACAUAACUGCAAAUGAAAAAUGGUAAAGGCCAACGACGUCCUGUUAGAGUUAUUCUAUGGACAUUUUGUUGCAUCAUUCCUUGAAGGGAGGAACAAUUUUUACUACUUAACAUCUAAAAUAUUAUUAUACUUCCAAAAUCUCUAAAAUGACAAAACUUCUCCAUGACUGUGUAGUAUUCUGUGUACAUUAGCCACACACAGAGCUUGUGUUUCUCUGAAAUACAUGGAGGAACUGCUUUUGUGAAUCUGUGAGAUGACAGGCACUGUAUGCCUUUAUGAUCACACACUUGUUUGUGCAUCCCAGCUCCAAACAGUGAUUGCAAAUUGUGUCUGUAAAUGUAAAUUAGGCCGAGAUGGAGAGUUUGCUGUCUUAAGGUGAAAAUUCUGAAAAGUUUAGGGUUGUUAGGCCUAUGAACUCCUCUGGCUGAGGAGACUUUUUGACGUCUGAAACUGGAGUCAAGUACCUGCCCGCUGCACUGUAACUUGCUGGAUCAUGACACUAGCAAAAACUUCUGUAAUUUUGUUCUGUUAUGUGUCCAAGUGUAAUAGUUCUAAGAAAAAAGCACAAUAUUCUGGAGGAGAACGUGACUACGUUGAUGUAGUUUAGGCUCAUUGUGCUAAAGGCUUGAUCCCUUCCUUUGUAUGUUGCUUUCAGAAAUCUUUACUGUGACGUAUUUUGGGCGUGUGAUCUAGUACUUAAAGUGCCAUUUGUGUGGUGCUAGGAAUGUGGUUAUUGUAUCUAAACACCUGAAAAUGCAAAAUAAAGAGAAAUGUAGUCACCGGGCGUGGCCAGAGAUCUUGUG